UCUAAAUAGAGUUUCCCGCUUUCUCCUACCUUUGUUUCACCUUUUCCUCCCAUCUUAAUGAAUUAGCCAGUGAAGAGUUAGUGGCUAUGGACAUCGUACUUGGUAUUUUAACCUCAAUCGCUGAACACUUGCUAGUGCCAGCUGCUCGACAACAGAUUGGGUAUGUGUUCUGCUACAGGCGCAACAUUAGGUCUCUGGAAAAUGAAUCUGACAAGUUGGAGGGUAUGGUAGAGCAAAGAAAGGCUGCUGAGUGGACAAACCUACAAGUCAUUUCACCAGAUGUUGAGGCGUGGUUAACUAGUGUUGAUCAAACUACUGUUGAUGUCGCGGUUUUACUAAGGCUUAGAGUUGAGGUUGAAAGAGGUUGCCUCUAUGGUUGGUGUCCCAACUUGAAGUCACGUUACACCCUGAGCAGGAAAGCUAAGAAAAUUGAACAGUCUAUGAUUGGUCUUCAAUCUCAAGGUAAAGAUUAUGUUCCUUUCUCCUGUCCAGCACCACUUGCAGUUAAAGUUGUACACAUUGGUGAGGAGUUUGACUCUAGAAAACAGGAGGAGGAAGAGGUUAUGGAAGCUUUGAGAGGUGGGGUUACUAUUAUUGGGAUAUGUGGUAUGGGUGGUGUUGGCAAAACAACACUGGGUGAGAAAGUAAGAGCAAGGGCAAAACAAGAAAGGUUGUUUGAUUAUGUUGUCAUGAUAACUGUCAGUCAACAACCAGAUUUCAAAAGAAUUCAGGGAGUGAUCGCGGAAGAAGUCGGGCUGAUGUUGCAAGGAGAAAAUUUCUAUAGUCGUCGAGAUCAGCUGCGUGAAAGGUUAACGCAGAAGGGAAGCCGCGUCCUUGUAAUUUUGGAUGAUGUUUGGGAGGGUCUUCAUGAUCUAAAGAAACUUGGAAUUCCCACUGAUAGCAACCGCAACUAUCAGUGCAAAGUGGCAUUGACGACGCACCUCCGAGGUGUUUGUGAAGCUAUGGAGGCUCAAAAGAUUGUAGAUGUUGGAAUCUUAUCUGAUGAAGAAGCAUGGGUCCUUUUUACGCAGAAAGCAGGUUAUUCAGCUGACGAUCCCUCUCUUCCUGAAGUAGCAAAAGAUGUUGCCAAUGAAUGCAAGGGGCUGCCGCUUGCAAUUGUUACAGUUGCAGGAGCGCUAAAGCGCAAAGCCAAGCCUCUGUGGGAGGAUGCCCUUGUUGAAUUAAAAAAAUCAGCACCAAAAAGUAUCCCAAGAGUGCUUACAGAGGUGUAUCAACCUCUGAAGACAAGCUAUAAUCACUUAGAGAGUGAUGAAGCCAAGGAUGUCUUUUUGCUUUGUUCCUUGUUUCAGGAAGAUAGCGAUAUUUGAACUGGAGAAUUACUUAGAUACGGAAUGGGGCUUUGCAUCUUUUCAGAACCCGAAAAUUUAGAACAUGCAAGAAAUAGGGUGUCUAAUCUGUUAGAAACAUUGAAAAAUUGUUUCUUGUUAUCCCAAGGUUCAGGCAAAAAUUAUGUCAAAAUGCAUGAUGUGGUUCGUGACGUUGCCAUACAUAUUGCAUCUGAGGGCAAGCAUAAAUUUAUGGUAAAUCAUAAUAUGUUGUCAGGAGAGUUUCCAAGAAGAGACUCUUACGAGCAAUACAGUCACAUGUCAAUUGCUGCAAAUAGAUUUGAUGAGCGUCCCAGACCAAUAUCCUGCCCGCGACUGGAGCUUCUGAUGAUAAAACUCGUAGGGAAUCCAUUCAAAUUACAGGAUGAUUUUUUUGAUGGAAUGCGUGAACUCAGUGUCAUAAGCCUGAGGGGAGGAUAUCUUGGAAACACCAUGCUGCCCUUUCCAUCAUCCAUUCAGAGGUUGUCAAAUGUGAGGACGCUGUGUCUGGUUAAAUUAAGCCCUAGUGACAUGUCCAUUAUUGGGGAACUUGUCACUUUAGAAAUUCUCAGCAUCAGACUUUGUUACUUGGAGGAGCUUCCAGUGGAGAUAGGAAACUUGGCCAAUCUGAUUAUGUUAGACUUUUGGAAUAUCGGAAAACUUACGAGGAUUUCACCAGGGGUCUUAUCAAGACUAGUUCGAUUGGAGGAACUACAUGUGGUGGGAGUAGAAGAUUGUGGUUACUCCACCUUGAGGGAGCUGGAAUCCUUAUCGAGAUUGACUGCACUGACAUUACAUAAAUGUUCCCUAGAUUUGAUUUACAGUAACUUUGGCCUUUCCUCCAAGUUGACACGGUACUCUCUUGCAUUGGGUAGAGUCAACAUAGAGGAUUCGAUCAUGGAAACUUAGAGCAAGAUUAUCGCUCUAGAGGUCACCGAGAGCACCCCAUUGGGUGAUUGGAUCUGCCUCCUGUUGAGGAAUAGCGAAUUUGUAAGUUCAAGCGGAAAGGGCUCAAAGAAUGUAGUGGUCGAGUUGCAGAACGUGAAAGAUCUCAGGCUGGCUGAUUGUGAUUCAUUGGAUAUCCACUGUCGGAAUAACAUUCUAUUCACCAAACUCGAAAGGCUGGAGGUAAGUGGGUGUGACCAUCUACGUCAUCUUUUUUGUGUGUCCUUGGCUUUCCCAUUCGAUGAAGAAGAGGGGAUCUCUCGAAGGACACAUAUCAGACCUGACGUAAUCAAUUUCCCCAAUUUAUAUCGCUUGGAACUUGAUACUCUCGAGUGCUUCACUCACUUUUCCCGCGACACUGUUGAGGGCAUUGAGUUCUCUCUGUUACGGGAAAUGCAUUUCCAGAGAAUACCAGAGUUCCAAAAUUUCUGGCCUAGAGCCAACAAUGCGAUCACCGACUCAAAUCCUCUUUUUAAUGAAAAGGUUUCUUGUCCCAACCUGGAAGUGCUAUGUAUCUGUGCAGCAAACAGCAUAAGUGCUCUAUGCUAUCACCAACUUCCAACUGCCUACUUCAGCAAACUUGUAACCUUGGAAGUACGGGAUUGUGGAAUAUUGAGAAACUUGAUGCCUCCAUCAGUGGCCAGAGGUCUUCUGAAUCUCCGAACACUAUUGAUAGAAGACUGCCAAUCAAUGGAAGAAGUGAUUACAGAAGAGGAACAACGAGGAGGAGAAAUCGUGUGUAAUGAGCCCUUAUUUCCCCCGUUGGAAAAGCUGGAACUUGACAAUUUGCGAAAGCUGGGGCAUUUCAUUCUGAUGAAGGGUGCUCUUGAAUUCCCAUUCCUCAUAGAAGUGAUGAUUCUUAAAUGCCCUGAAAUGGGAACUGUGAGUACACUGAAUCUUGAAAGUGUGAGCGAUGAUGAUGAGCUGAAAGUUGUUGACCUCAACAAAGCGAUAUUCAAUUCUAAGAUUUCUUGUCCCAGCCUGGAAAAGCUAUCCGUCAAUGCAGCAAACAACAUAACUGCUCUAUGCUCUCACCAACUUCCAACUGCCUACUUCAGCAAACUUAAAGAAUUGACAGUGAAUAGGUGUGGAAAAUUGAGAAACUUGAUGUCUCCAUCAGUGGCCAGAGGUCUUCUGAAUAUCCGAGAACUAAGGAUAAAAGAUUGUCCAGUAAUGGAAGAAAUGAUCACAGAAAAAGAACAAGAAGGAGAAGAAAUCAUGACAAAUGAGACCGUAUUUCCCCGGUUGGAAAAGCUGAACCUUGGCAAUCUGCCAAAGCUGGGGCAUUUCAUUCUGACGAAUGGUGCUCUUGAAUUUCCAUUCCUCAUAGAAGUGAAUAUUCUUAAUUGCCCUAAAAUGAAGACAUUUAUCCAUCAGGGAACUGUGAGUACGCUGAAUCUUGGAAGUGUGAACAAUGACGAUGUGCUGAAAGUUGUUGAUCUCAACAAAGCGAUGUUCAAUUCUAAGGUUUCUUGUCCCAACCUGGAAGGGCGAUAUAUCCGUGCAGCAAACAGCAUGAGUGCUCAAUGCUCUCACCAACUUCCAACUGCCUACUUCAGCAAACUUAAGGCAUUGAUGGUGAGUAGUUGUGGAGAAUUGAGAAACUUGAUGUCUCCAUCAGUGGCCAGAGGUCUUCUGAAUCUUCUAAAACUAUGGAUAGAAGACUGCCAAUCAAUGAAAGAAGUGAUUACAGUCGAGGAAAAACAAGGAGAUGAAAUCAUGGCUAAUGAGCCCUUAUUUCCCCUGUUGGUCGAGCUGAACCUCAAGAAUCUACCAGAGCUGGGGCAUUUCAUUCUGACUAAGCAUGCUCUUAAAUUUCCGUUCCUCAUAGAAGUGCAGAUUUAUAAAUGCCCUAAAAUGAAGAUGUUUGUCCAACAGGGUUCUGUGAGUACACUGAAACUCAAAGUGUCCUUACCGGUUCUCAACACGCGCGGUUAUGAAAGUGAGACGAUAGUAGAUGAUCUGAAUGAAUGGAUACAUCAGAGGAUCAAUUCUAAGGAGGAAGACAACAACAACAUACCCGGUGUAUUCCCACAUAGAGGGAUCUUGCACACAGACCAUACCCCUACCUCAGAGGUAGAGAGACUGUUUCGGUUAGACCCUCGGCAAGAAAAAAUCCAAUCUAGGAACCUCGUGAAAGACAUAUUAUCUGGCUCUAGUUACUCAUCCAAAUCCAAAUCCUCAUAUGGGAAGUUCAAAAUUUCUAAUAAGAGUAUUUCAAUACUCACGAGAUUGAGUUGCCAAACCAUACAAAUUCGGGAAGUUGGGGAAAGCAAAACAUUACACAUUCCGUAAAAAUAAGCAUGAAAUGAUUUGUGUUUUAGUUUGAGAUCAUAAGAGUGUAGGAAGCAAAACAAUCAUUCCUCCAUGCGAUUUUCCUCCGACUGCUUUUGUGGAACCUGGACCUUGGCAGGCAGCGUAAGUGAUGGCUCUUCGUUGAGUGCAGAAGGAGCUUUGAUUAUGUGAAUGCUCUGCUCGAGCUCCUCCAUUGCUUCUCUCUUCCCUUUGGCUUUCUUUCCUUUCAUUCUGUAUGAUUUUCCAAGUAAUGUUAAUAGCAAGUAGUGUUAAUACCAAAUCCCUGAAGAGUAGAAUGCAGCGACUUGUUCCAUUUUUCUGUUAUAACUGCUUUGACAGUUAGUUACACUAACUACUAACGGCUAGUUAGUUAGUUUAAUCACUCACAAGUCUGUAAAUGUAGAGGCUCAUGUACAUUGAGUCAUUAUGAAAUACAACUUAACUACUCUCUCUUCCUAAUGAUCUUUCUCUCCUCUUUACCUCCUUCUUCUACAUCUUCUUCUUCUUAAUGUGUUCAUCUGUGAUUGCUUCUAUCAAGAAGUAAGUAUAGUAUUGCUUAGUUAAUGACAGAAACAUGUGCUCUUCAUACUACCAGACUUUCUGUGGACACACUGGUAGACUUCUGGACUGCCCUGGGCGAAGAGACACGACAUUCUCUUCUGAAAAUGAAGGAAGAGGACUUUAUUGAAAGGCUCAUGUACCGGUGCGUAUAAGGCCCUUUCUUUAACUUGUUCUUUGUUUAACAGCUUACUAUUAUCCUCUCUUUUCGUGUCGUCCAUUAAAUAUAAUUUAAACAUUAGAUAGGCUGAGUUAGAAAUUGUAAUUUAAUCUGGGAUUGCAAGUUUAAUUGAGGGGUGGGUUCAAUUAUUUCGAAGUCUUAUCCAAUGAACAAUGGACUACGAUCA